ACAACGGUUUGACGUUAACCGCUUUGAAAUGGCGUUGAGGCAGUUAAAGGCGCUUUAGUUUUUUAUUUUUUUAUUUUUUUUUUUAAUUUUUAACCUUUUGGGCACUUCAGCUUCUAAAUUCUUGGUCUGGUGCUAACUUCCGAACCUUAUCUAUAUCUAUAUGCUUUGCACAGUUGUUAAACAAAAAUGUAUCGCAGAAAAGUGUGAAUAAUUGACGUUGCAUAAUAAGGCCGCAGCCAGCUCCGGAGUUGCGUAGAGAUUACGGCCGCUUUCCAGUGCCUGGCCCUGCCGCAGACCUGCUAGUUGCUUUUUAGGUCAUUCCCGGCUAAACAUGACUGUAACAGGAGUCUGGAAAUGAAGUGACACAGCUAGAGUUGUUUCCCGUCGCAACCAUCAUUUUAUCAAAUAGCUUCUACUGUUUGCAUUACAUAUAUAUUUUUUUUAUUAAAAAUCAUUUCGCAAACACAGACUUGAUAUGGCGUCAGUGCCAGUGUAUUGCUUGUGUCGCCUGCCCUAUGAUGUGACACGCUUCAUGAUUGAAUGCGACAUUUGUCAAGACUGGUUUCAUGGAAGCUGUGUUGGUGUGGAAGAGGAGAAGGCAGCUGAGAUUGACCAAUAUCAUUGCCCUAAUUGUCAGGUUACUCAUGGACCUUCUGUCAUGCGCAAACGACGUGGCGGCAAUAAGCAAACAGAUGGAAAUACAGGCGUAGCAAGAGAUCCCAGUAAGCCUGUAAAGACGGGGAGCCCACAGUUUGUCAGGGAGCUUCGUAGCAGAACGUUCCCAAAUGCUGAUGAAAUCUUGCUGAAACCGUCUGGGGCUCAGCUGACGGUCGACUUUCUGGAAGAGCAUUCUUUCAGCGUGCCAGUCUUGGUGUUGAGGCGGGAUGGCUUAGGCAUGACUCUUCCUCCGUCCUCGUUCAGUGUCUCGGACGUGGAGCACUACAUUGGUGCAGAUAAAGAGAUCGAUGUUAUUGACGUGUCUCGCCAAUGCGACCUGAAGAUGCGACUGGGGGACUUUGUUGAAUACUACAACAGCACCAAUAGGGACAGAGUACUCAAUGUGAUCAGCCUGGAGUUCUCUGAAACUAGGCUCUCAAAUUUGGUGGAGACUCCCAAGAUUGUGAGAAAACUUUCAUGGGUGGAGAACCUCUGGCCUGAAGAGUCUGUUUUUGAACGGCCAAAUGUGCAGAAGUACUGCCUGAUGGGAGUAAAGGACAGCUACACAGACUUUCACAUUGACUUUGGUGGCACUUCAGUAUGGUACCAUGUCCUGAGGGGCGAGAAAAUCUUUUACCUAAUUUCUCCCACCCCAGCCAACCUGGCACUUUUUGAGCGAUGGAGUUCCUCAUCUAACCAGAAUGAGAUGUUCUUUGGGGAUCAGGUUGACAUGUGUUACAAGUGUUCUGUCAAGCAAGGAAACACACUGUUCAUACCUACAGGAUGGAUUCAUGCUGUGCUGACUCCUGUGGACUGCUUGGCCUUUGGUGGAAACUUUCUGCACAGUCUCAACAUUGACAUGCAGCUUCGGGCAUACGAAAUAGAGAAGAGACUGAGCACAGCCGACUUGUUCAAAUUCCCCAACUUUGAGACUGUGUGUUGGUAUGUUGGGAAGCACCUUCUUGAUAUCUUUAGAGGAUUGAGAGAAAAUCGCAGACACCCUGCCAGCUAUCUUGUUCAUGGAGCUAAGGCCCUGAACAAUGCUUUCCGGACCUGGACUCGCAAAGAGGCCUUAGCUGAGCAUGAAAUGGAGAUACCAGAAACCAUCAACACUCAGACAUUGAUAAAAGACCUUGCAAAGGAGAUCCGUCUGGUUGAGGAUAUAUUUCAGCAGAACAUUGGUCGCACAGGACCUCAGUUUCCUGGUGCUCCACUCUCCAAAGCCCCGCUGAGCGCCGCCCAGAACUCCGGACGCCCCCCUGGAAAAAAGAAAGGGCCCAAGCCUAAGGAGGUGCUGGGAGGGUUUGGGCCCACAGGAACCAAAAAGAAAAGUCAGAAAGGGCUCCUUAAGGCAGAAGCAGGAGAACUCGAGCUCAUUGAGAUCCAUGCCAAACAUACCCUAAAGAAAUUUCAGCCUGGCAAAUCCAAGCACAAGAACAAGCUGGAGCUGCCAUUGGAGGAGUUUGAAGGGAAGAUGAAUAAAAACAAACUUAAACUUGUCUUGACAAAUGGCAAAAUCCAAGGUAAGAAAGAUGGCAGCAGUAAUGGUGCAGGAAGUGCUGCGAGCUACAAACACCUAGCCGCAGAGGGAUCCAGUCUUUCUGACCUGGAGUCUGAGGAUGAGUUGCAGAUUGAUGAGACUCCUCCUCCUCGACGCAAGCCUGCUGGACCAAACAAGAAAAAAAAACUAAGUGGUUUACCAAGGAAGCUGCCCAGAGCCAAACCUUGUUCUGACCCUAAUCGCAUCAGGGAGCCAGGAGAGGUAGACUUUGACAUCGAGGAGGACUAUACAACAGAUGAAGAGACGCUGGCAGCUCACGGGGUGAAAGGUGGUGCCGGGGGCAUCCUUGACUUAUUGAAGGCCAGCAAGCAGGUGGCAGGAUUAGACUCUGCAGCUCUCAGCGAGGAAGCACCAGCCUCGCCCAGCACCCGGGACGCCAUCCAGGGUAUGCUCUCCAUGGCCAACCCUCCUUCCUCUUCCUCCUCUUCUUCCUCUUCCUCUCCCUUAUCAAUCUCUGGAGGCUUGACGGAGGGAUUAGCAGCCGUCAAGGAAAAGGGCGGGAGAACAGUGUGGGUGACAGGAGGAAUCAAGAAGACUGCAAACCCUGAGAAAAAAGCAGUGAUUCAGCGGCCUGGUAAAAGAACAAUCAAAAGGCCGGCCCGUCACAUCAGUGACGAAGACAGUCCAGAUGAGCAAGAAACACUGGGAACUUGUUUUAAGGAUUCAGAUUAUGUUUACCCUUCUUUGGAGUCUGAUGAGGAAGAUCAUAUUAACAAGACGAAGAUGAAAAGGAAAAAAAACUGGGAUGACACACCUUGGAGCCCUAAAGCAAGGGUGAUGCCCACACUUCCUAAACAAGAUCGACCAGCCAGGGAAGGGGCUAGAGUGGCUUCUGUAGAAACUGGACUCGCAGCAGCUGCUGCCAAGUUGGCACAACAAGAGCAGCAGAAACCUGCUAAAAGGAAGUACACUAAAAAGCAGCGUCCUCCUGCUCCCGUUGCCAGUCCUCCCCCAGCGCAGGCUGAGCCCGCCCCCGCCUCCCCAACACCUGCUCCAGAGUCAGCAGCAGAUGCCAGCCCAGACAGGAGGAUGGAUUAUUUCUCUGCCAGUCUGUUAGACCAUGAAUACACAGCAGGGCCAGGACCUUUUGGCCCUGGGGGCCCGAGGGGCAGUGGAGCCAUGGCCCCCGGUGUGUUCCUCUCUUCGCGACGACCUUCCAUGUCACCUCAGAACAGCAGCUCCCAUGCUGGUUUAUCUCCUGCAGGUUUAGCCAGCCAAGGAAUAACAGGGAUCGGUCAAGGUAGGCACAAAUAUGACCACAUUUGCUGCAUUGUUUUCACUUCUUAUAUCUUUAUUUAUAUAAUUAUUUGUUUAUUAUUUUUUUGCUUUUCUUCAGGUAAACGGCCAAAGAAAGGUCUUGCAACUGCAAAACAGAGACUUGGAAAAAUCCUAAAGAUUCACCGCAACGGAAAGCUUCUCUUGUGAGAGAUACUUGUUUGUGGCUGAUGACAUUAACAAUGAAGAUGAGACCUCUGAAGUUGGUCUGAAGAAACUCGAAAUAGUUAUCUAUAUUUUGUACUCUUAACUGUUUCCACUUGUUAUCAGCUGUCGUCAUAUCUUGCCCUUCACUAGUUUUCUGCCCAACUCCACUUACCUAUAUCUGCGUCAAGGUAUUUCCAGAGGCACGUCUGAUUUGAAGUGAAAUCGCUGUAAUUUGCUGGAAGCACUCUUUAUGUGGCAGAUUAUUUUUACGACCACAUAUUUGAUACUGACAAUAGGAAUUUUUUUCUAAUAAUUUGAAGGUAAGUUUACACUGAUUUUUCAUUUUUAAAAAAUUCCAAAAGAAAGUUGUUUUCUUGUUAGUUAUAUUUACAGGUUGUAUUUAGGCAAGAUUUUUAAAAGGGAAAGUUCAUUCAAGCGCAGACAUUUAAACAGUUUGUAGUUUUAGAGUUGUAUUUAGCUGUUCUAUCUCAGUUUUAUUUGCAAGCAAUUCCUUUUUUUCACUCUGUAAAACAUACAAAACCCUCGAUUGAAACAGUCCCACAAUUAUACACAUAAUAAUUUUGAAGCUUUUAACAUCAUCUCAAAAGUUCUCAACAAUCCCCAUUCUAUGACAACUAUCAUUUAAUUUUAUUUAUUAUUUUAUUUAUUAACCAAGGCAGAAUUUCUUAACUUCUUAGCCUGUUUUAAUGUAGCAUGUUUUUGUCACUUUUUUUUUUUGAUUCAGUAUGAUUAUGUUAAAUAUCCUUAAAAUGUGUAGAAAAAAACUUUCCACUGCUCUUUUAGCUUUUCUUUUUUUUUUUUCAGAUUUAAAUUUGACAUUGUAAAUAUUUGUAUGAUUUGUAAUUUAUAUAGCUAAAUUAAAAAACAACAACAAAAAAAGAGAGUAGCUUCCUGCAUGUUGCCGUAGUUUGCGCACCAAGUUUUGGCAGCUUUCUUUGGUCAGAUGUAGAGAUGUUUUCACAGAAUGUACUUGUCAUAAGAUGUUGGAGGUGUAGAUUUAAGAGUAAAAAUAUUGUGAAGUUGCAGGAUAUGAAUUAUAUGUAAAUAUAUGUUGUAAUUUAAGUUCUUUUGUAGUUUGAAAACUUUCAAAUUUUUCGUAACAACCUGUACAUGAUACAUUGUUGGGGAAACAUGAUAGUUCUUUUUUAUAUUUGUAUGCAUUAACUGUCAUUAUGUUCAUGUUGUCUUGUUAGUGUAACUAGAUCUGUGCUUAAAAAGAUGCUCUUGAGAAAUUUCAUCCAUUUAGUUUUAUAUUGUUUAUAUUCCCUCUGUGAGUGCUGUGUCUUUUAUUUUUUGUUGUUUUAACAUGACCUGGACAAGAUCAAAGUUCAUUUUCACAAUUUAUUUCAGGCACACCUUUACUCAAAAAAAAAAAAAGACAUGUGUUUGAUUUUUUUUUUUUUUUUUUGGUACAUCAAUAGUUUUUCGUUUACUAUUACGCAUACUGGAAAUUUCUGUUUUCCUGACAUUUGAAAAAAAGGGAUUUAGGUAUUUUUCUGCUAUACACAAUGAAUAUUUUGUUGUAAUAAACACAUCUACUC